UCACUCACUAGUGACCAAUUGGAUGGUAAUAGACUUUUCAAAUAAUCGAUUCUUCAGAGAAAUUCCUGAAACACUUGGAGAGCUUCAUUCACUUAUUAUCCUAAAUCUCUCUCAUAACUGUUUAACAGGUCCUAUCCCAUCUUCAUUAGGUGAUCUCUCAAAACUCGAAUCAUUAGAUCUUUCAUCAAACAAGCUGCAUGGAAUAAUUCCACCAGAGUUGAAAAUUCUUGGAUUUUUACCAGUGUUGAACCUUUCUCGAAAUGAUCUUGUUGGACCUAUUCCUCAAGGAAAACAAUUUGAUACUUUCACUAAUGAUUCUUACUUGGGGAACUGGGGUUUAUGCGGGUUACCAUUAUCAAAAAGCUGUGAUAAUGACGAGGAAUCUCUGACAACAAUUGAUCCAGAAGAUGAUGGUGAAUUGAAUUGGAAAUUUUCUAUUUUGAUGGGUUAUGGAAGUGGAUUGGUGUUUGGACUGAGCAUGGGAUACAUCGUAUUCACGACCGGAAAACCACGGUGGCUCGUUAAGAUCAUCGAGAGAGUUCAGCAAAGAUUUAUAAAAUGGUACACAAGCGAACUCUUUGGCUGAAUCAUUUGCAAAACAAGCUGUUUUUAUAUCUUUACACCCAGCUGGGAACCUUAAAAAGAUUGAACUCCCUGGAUUUAUCAAACUAUAUGCUUACCAGUGAGAGUCUGGAGAGUUUCUCUGAGCUUAAACACUUGACUAUGCUCAAUCUUUUUAGAAACAAACUUCAGGGACAGAUUCCUGAGUUUAUUGGUGAGUUGCCCGAGUUGGAAGUAUUACAGUUUCACUGUGAGCAUUCCUCAAUCUAAUCUGUUUUCAUCUAUGAACAUUUGCA